CCACCUCUGAGGGCUGACCACCUCUGAGGGCUGACCACCUCUGAGGGCUGACCACCUCUGAGGGCUGACCACUGAAAGUAACAUUCGACCUAAUUUACAUUGCUGAUUCCUCUUAAGGGAUGUUCCUUGAUGCUGGAAUUUUUGUACAAUCGGCAGAUGGGUUAGUAGAGUUAGCCAUCAGCCAGCUCGACAGCAGUUUCAGCGAACCAUGGCAAACACAGGAGAAGGAACAUCCGGUGCCAGUAGUGAUACACAGAACCGCUUGGCCUCAGAGAAGUCUCCAUAUCUUUUGCAACAUGCUAGUAAUCCUGUACACUGGUAUCCCUGGGGUGAUGAAGCCUUCAGUGCAGCUCGGCAAGAGAAUAAACUCAUCUUCUUAAGUGUUGGGUAUUCUACGUGCCAUUGGUGCCAUGUUAUGGAAAGAGAAAGUUUUGAGAAUCCUGAAAUAGCAAAAAUAAUGAAUGCAAAUUUCAUUAAUAUCAAAGUGGACAGAGAAGAGAGACCAGACGUAGACAAAAUGUAUAUGACCUUUGUUACGUCUCUCAGUGGUAGUGGUGGAUGGCCUAUGAGUGUGUGGUUGACCCCAGACCUCAAACCUGUGUAUGGCGGCACAUAUUUUCCACCCACCAACCGCUACUACGGGCAGCCAGGAUUUCCCCAACUUCUUGAUUCUAUUGCCUCCCAGUGGCAAGAGAACGAGACAAAAUUCAAGGAGUCUGGAGUGAAAAUAAUGGAGGUGCUUGAUAGAACGUCACGGUUACCCGCCCCUGGGGCUGCCACCAUGCCUGGAAAAGAAGCAGUUGCUAAAUGCUUUGCCCAGCUGUCUAGUUCUUAUGAGCCGAAUUAUGGAGGUUUCAGUGAGUCACCGAAGUUUCCCCAGCCAUCUAACUUCAACUUCCUAUUUACGUAUCAUGCAUUACACCCUGAUUGGGAUGAUGCAAAGCGAGGAUUAGAAAUGGCACUUCAUACCCUGUCAAAAAUGGAUCGAGGCGGUAUUCAUGAUCACAUAUCUCGGGGUUUUGCCAGGUACUCCACAGAUGAAAGAUGGCACGUCCCUCAUUUUGAGAAGAUGCUAUAUGACCAAGCCCAACUGACUGUCUCAUAUCUUGAUGCGUUCGUUGUCACCGGCAAGACCAGAUAUGCUGAUGUAGUGAGAGACAUCCUGAUGUAUGUGAUGCGAGAUCUCAGUGAUCCAAGUGGAGGCUUUUAUAGUGCUGAAGAUGCUGAUUCACUACCCACCGCUGAUGCAAACAAAAAACGUGAAGGAGCCUUUUGUGUGUGGACUCACGAGGAAGUUACCCAGCUGUUGCCUGGGGCAGCCAAGGAAGGCCAUGAAGCAACCCUGGCUAGUGUCUUCUGCCACCAUUACUCAGUAGCAAGGGAUGGUAAUGUUAAUCCUUAUCAGGAUCCCCAUGACGAACUCAAAAAUCAGAAUGUUCUCAUAGAGCAUGACACAAUUGAAGAAACUGCCAGGGAAUUUGGACUGAGUCAAGAAGAAUGUAAAGCAGCACUUGACAAAGCCAGACAGAUGUUGUACAUGGCUAGACAAGAGAGACCCAGGCCCCAUCUUGACAACAAGAUGCUUACUUCUUGGAAUGGUAUGAUGCUUGGAGCGUUGGCGAGAGCUGGUGCUGUUCUUGGAGAUCAGAUGUACAUACAGAGGGCUCUGCAAGCUGCUGAAUUUGUCAUGAGCCAUCUUCUCAAGGAUGAUAAAUUACUUAGGGCUGCUUAUGCUGUUCCAAAUAACGAAGUGUCGCUGGGCUCAUGCAUUGAAGGAUUUGCUGAUGAUUAUGCUUGGAUCAUUCGUGGCUUCAUCAACCUGUACGAGGCUACACUAGACACUGAGUGGUUGAAGUUGGCCGAGAAACUUCAAGAUAAGCAAAAUGAUUUAUUUUGGGACUCGGAGGGAAAUGGUUAUUAUAUGACUCAGUCUGGUGAUGAAUCAAUUUUACUUAGAAUUAAAGAAG